CUCCCAAGUCCCAAAGAGGAGAUUUCCGAUUCUGCCUCUUCUUGAUUCCCGAUCUAUCGCCCACAGUCAAUCGCAUGAUCUUCGCGAUUUCUCGGAUCUAUUCAAGGCUACACGAAGUUGCAAAUGGUAAUUUCUCAUAUCAGAAGGAAGCUCUCACAUUAGGAAAUUAGCACUGCUGUCUUUCAAAGGGAACGCUGGAUUCGGCCGAUUUUUCCCUCAAUUAGAUGAAACAUGAACCCGUUGAGCCUGAGGAAAGAGUGAUUGUUGCUGUAAAGCAAGGGAACAUGCUAGCCACUGCUUUUCACCCUGAACUAACUGCUGAUACUCGGUGGCAUAGUUAUUUCUUGAAAAUGGUGGCUAAUGUUGGCGAUGAAGGAUCUUCCAAAAUCAUCUCAAGAGUUGAAGGAUCCACCGGCUUAUAUGACCCACGACCAAGAAUGGAUCUUCCUGUAUUUCAGUAGAGGUGUCGUAAUGCUCCCCCCCCUAAAUGCUCCGUAUCAUUUAUGAUUCUUGCAGACAUCCAGAUUACUGCAUUCUUAAUACUAUAGCAAUACAGUAAGUAUAAAGAUUUAUUAAAAAAACGAGCUGAACCUUUAAUAAACAUUCAAGGUUGCC